AUGAAAUUUUUGGUGGUCAUCAAACCGGAAAUUGUCGCCCAUCGGGUGCUCGCCCAGGUUUGCAAUUUCCGCAAAUUUUUCAAAAACAUCGUCGGCGAGCGAGUCCCAACUUUUAAGCGCUACAGUACUCCGGGCAGUGGUUCCAGAAAAAAGUGUUCAACUAGAAAAAGAACGUUCACGAUGUGUACUUUAUUUUUGUAGUUGACACUUUUUCGGUACAACUGCUCGUUGGAGUACUGUAGCGCUUGGAAGUUAGCAUGUGAAUCAGAGUUGAGCGGAAGAACACGGAAGAAUUUUUAUCUUUUUUAGAAAAUUUUUUCAUGAAAUGUGAUCUGCUGACGAAAUGUAUAGAAAAGUGAAUUCUGCUCACAAAAAAAUAAUUGUAAAUUUAGCGAUUCAUACAAAAAAGUUAUAUUCGAGUUGUUGCGUUGGCCCUUUUUUCAAGCAAUAACUCGAAUAACUUGUUUGUAUGAAUCGCUAAAUUCACAAUUAUUUUUCUACGCGCAGAGUUCACUUUGCUCUACAUUUCGUCAGUUGAUCACAUUCCAUGAAAAAUGUUUCGAAAAAAGAUAAAAAUUCUUCCGUGUUCUUGCGUUGAGUUCUUCCGCUCAACUGAAUUCUGAGUCCCAACUUCCAAGCGCUACAGUACCCCCAAGGAGUAGUGCGCAACAAAAAAAAAGUACAAAAUGUCAAGGUUUCGAUCCCCGCCACCGUCCUCAUUCGUUUUUCUCCUUCUCCUUCCCCUUUUCAAUCGCAUCUUUUUGUCACUUUCACUGAAUUCUCUUCCUUUCUCCCCAAUGUUCAUCGGAAUUCAACUUUCGAAUCGUCGUCGUGCUAUUGUCUGCGAUGCGAAUCGGCGCGUGGAAAGCAUGGAUUAGGAUGCGGAAAGUUUCCGCGCGGAAAACGAGGUCAAGCUCUCUCUCUCUCUCUCUCUCUCUCUCUCUCUCUCUGUGUCCCUUUCGCAUCCGAAUUUAGGUCAUGCCGUGUCGGCGUUUCCUUUCACUUUUCCGCCAAACUGGAUUCGAUUCGGCCGCCCGCGCUCUUUUCACUUUCACCAAAGGAUUCACUUAAUUUGAUUAAUUAUACGUAUACAACUGCGAAGAAAACGAAUGAUGCACCGGAACGUUGCAUCUACAGUAUCGGGUUAUUAUCGGAGCACGGAAAUUCGCAACACUUUUUCCAGUUGACAACUUUGGGGAAACGUACAACAGUUGUUCUAGAGAACUGCUGCCGUAGGACUAGAGGCAAACCCUCUAAAAGCACCGUAAUCUUGUAGGUGGCGCUGUGGGAAUUGCGAAAAAGUGGCGUCGAAAUCGAACAAAUGCGGCAGAUGCGGAUCGACGGACCACUCGCUCGUCGCCUUUAUCAUCAGCACAAAGGUUCGGAAAAGUUGGACCAGGAAAAACUGUCAACUGAUAGAAUGUUCAGUUGAAAAUUGUACAUAUUUUUUUAUUCCGCGUCGAAAUUCUCGGAAAACCCGCAAAUCUCGCGGAUUUUGCAGUCCAAAAUCGGCAGAAAAUUGCUGGAAAUCAGGGGUGCGCACAGCUGAACGAGUGUUACCGUACACCAUAAAACUACGGUAUUUUUUUUGAAAAAAAUUUAAAUUUCUCGAGAAUAUUUGCAAUUUUUUUCAAAUUUCUUGGAUAAAUUUUUCAACGGAAUUUUUUUGAAAAAAAUUUAAAUUUCUCGAGAAUAUUUGAAAAAUUUUUCAAAUUUCUUGGAUAAAUUUUUCAAUAGUAUUUUUUUGAAAAAAAUUUAAAUUUCUUGACAAUAUUUGAAAUUUUUUUCAAAUUUCUUGGGUAACUUUUUUUAACGGUAUUUUUUUAAAUUUAAAUUUCUCGAGAAUAUUUGAAAUUUUUUUCAAACUUCUUGGAUAAAUUUUCAACGGUAUUUUUUUGAAAUAAUUUAAAUUUCUCAAGAAUAUUUGAAAAAUUUUUCAAAUUUCUUGAGUUAAUUUUUCAACGGUAUUUUUUUGAAAAAAAUUUAAAUUUCUCAAGAAUAUUUGAAAAAUUUUUCAAAUUUCUUGAGUUAUUUUUUUCAAAAAAAUACCGUAGUUUUUAUGGUGUACGGUAACACUCGUUCAGCUGUGCGCACCCCGGGUUUCCCGCAAUUUUUCGGCCGACUUUGGACUGCAAAAUCCGCGAGAUUUGCGGGGUUUUCCGAGACUUUGGACGCGGCACUAUCAGUUGACAAUUUUUUGACGUCUUCAUCGGCAACUGAUGAGACACGUCGAGUUUAGGAAAGUUCUUCUACGACCGUCUGGUGCGUCACAUCUCAAGCGGUGACGUCAUCGCGAUGCGCGUCUCGGGCAACGCGCGCCAAUGCAUCGGAUCGAGCCGCCUGUGGCCACGUGUCGUCAACCAGUGGGACCGGCAGCCGAUGCGCCAGCAGUUGGCACUCUCCGACGUGCGGAAUGUGGCUCACGCGAGCGAUGCGGACGCGGCGGCGCAAGAAUUGAAAAUGUUCGAAUUACUGUGA